AUGGAGUCGACGAUUCAUCCAGCAUCGCGAGCACGGGAGCAGCAGCGUUUAGCAUUCAUGAGCCUGGUCGCACCCAACGCGGACGAGGCCUUCGUUGUCGCCACCAUGCAAGACAGGUAUAAACGUUCAGUGACCCUCGCUGUCGGUAUCGCUAUUCUCUGCGUGGGCAUUGGCAUCGGGGUACUCGUCGGUCAUUUCUCGGCACCAAGCCAUGGGGUGGGAGGAGGAGGAGGGGUAAUAGGAGAUGGUGGUGGUGGUGGUGGUAGAGGUAGUGAAAGGGUGAAGUUUUCUUAUUCGAAUUUCGAGGCGCGUGAAGCGGACGAGACGAUCGCAGACCGAUUGAUGAAGGAGAUGAGUGCGGAGAGAAUACGGGAUAAUCUCAGACAUUACGCCAGUAAACCACACGUAGCAGGUACACCAGCUGACCUAGAAGGUGCCCAGGAUAUCAUGAAGACAUGGUUAGACCAAGGCCUGGACUCAGCUAGAAUGGUUCCAUACAAGGUCUACCUACAGCAUCCACCGUCACCAGAUGAUGAACUUGCCAACAAGGUUCAGAUAAUCAACCCUAUCAAUGGUAGUGUAAUGUUUACCUCAUCUCUCCGAGAGGAUUCAUUCGAUGAAGAAGAGUUAGAACAAGAGGGUAUCCCUCCUCCAUUCAACGCAUACUCAGCUACCGGUGACGUCACGGGAGACCUUGUGUAUGUCAAUUAUGGAAGGCUUGAGGACUACGAAUAUCUUCAGAAUCUAACCACAAAUAUCAACUUCAAGGGAAAGAUACUCAUCGCAAAAUACGGCAUGACAGGGAGAAAUACCAAGGUUGUAAAUGCUGAGAAGUUUGGAGCUGCUGGUCUGAUUCUCUUCUCUGAUCCUAGAGAUCUACCUACCUAUGGCUUACCUCAUAACGGUAUACCCUAUCCUAGAGGAUCAUUUCUACCCAGGACGGCGGCACAGAGAGGCUCGAUCCUUAAAGAUAUCGGUGAUCCUCUGACUCCUGGAUACCCCGCUAAAGAUUUUGCAUACAGAUUAGAGUUAAAUGACACUUCAAUACCAAAGAUUCCAGUACAUCCAAUUGGAUUCGAAGAUGCAGAAAAGCUCUUAAGUGCAUUAACAGGUCCUCAGCCCGGUGAAGGGUGGAACAAAGACCCAAGGACAAUCUUUGAAGUAGGUCCUGGAUUCAAAGAACCGUACAGAGGAAUGAAAGUGAGAUUGGUUGUAAACUCCAUAUCUGCUCAUCAUUACACAUACAAUACUGUAGGGUUUAUCAGAGGGGACAUUGAGCCAGAUCGUUACGUCAUCGUUGGUAAUCAUCGAGAUGCAUGGGCUCUUGGAGCUGUUGAUCCUACCAGUGGAACGGCUACCCUCAUGGAAGUAUCGAGGGCGUUUGGAAAAUUAAAGCAAGAAGGAUGGAGACCCAGAAGGACAAUUAUAUUCUGUUCGUUUGCUGCUGAGGAAUACGGAUUGAUUGGCUCCAUUGAAUGGACAGAGGAAUUCAAUCAUCUCUUAGCUGAUAGGACGAUAGCCUAUCUAAAUUUAGAUAUUGCCGUUGCAGGUAAUUAUGUAUUGUGGACAUCGGCUUCACCUCAUUUAAGACCGGUGGUUUAUGCUGCCGCCAAAAAGAUUCCAGAUCCUGAUAAUAAUGAGAGAUCUCUCUAUGAUACCAUGGUUGAACGAAAACCAGAUGAUAUAGAACCACAUAGACCACAUGUAAGGAGAUCAGCAGGAGCGAGUGAUCAUCGUGGUUUUAUCAUGAGAUUAGGAGUACCAUUCAUCAUGAUCUUUUAUGGAACAAUUAAUGGAAGCUUCUACUCGUUAUACCAUACGUCAUACGAAACCAUCCGAUUAGUCGAGGAAUACAUCGAUCCAGACUAUUCGCAUCAUCUAGCCACAACCCGAGUAUUUGCCGAGAUGACCCGAAUACUAGCCGAUUCAUUAGUGUUACCAUUCGACGUUCAUCGUUACUCAGUAGAACUGCUCUCUAUGUGGAUCGAUUUAAAUUUUAGUGAAGCAUCGGUAGAUCUUUUGGAGCAUGGGAUAUCACUGGAACGUUUAAAGGAAGCCGUGUACGAUUUCAUGGGGAAUUGUACAGAAUUCCAGGAAAGAGUUAGCAACGUUAAUAAAAGCAGCCCGUCAGCAGUAAGACAGAUUAAUGAUCAGAUGAUGCAGUUAGAGAAGGCAUUUAUCAGCGAGCUACCUGACAAUAGACUUGAUAGACACGUGUUGUUUUCACCAAGAUUCACGGAAUACGACGCCAGAGUUGGGCCAUUCCCAGGCAUCGCUGAUGCGUUACAUAAGAUCUUACAAGACCCCAACCAAGAGACACGUUGGAAAGUAGUAGCCAAACAAGUCGCCAUUUUGACGCAUGCGAUUGAGGCAGCGACCGCUGUUUUGAAAGAUGUGACGUCAUGG